GAGAACAUCGUUUAGAUGGCUUGUCUUCUAGCUUUUGUACGUAUUAGUACAUUUUUAUACCUGAAAUUCUUGGUAGUGUGGGCGCUUGUCCUCCUGGCGGAUUUUGUCCUGGAGUUCAGAUUUGAAUACCUGUGGCCAUUCUGGCUUUUCAUCAGAAGUGUCUAUGAUUCCUUCAGAUACCAGGGACUGGCUUUCUCAGUGUUUUUUGUUUGUGUCGCGUUUACGUCAAAUAUAAUAUGUCUGCUGUUCAUCCCCAUACAGUGGCUAUUUUUUGCUGCUAGCACAUACGUAUGGGUUCAGUACGUAUGGCACACAGAAAGGGGAGUGUGCUUGCCCACGGUGUCCCUCUGGAUACUCUUUGUUUAUAUUGAAGCAGCAAUUAGAUUCAAAGACCUCAAGAAUUUUCACGUAGACCUUUGUCGUCCGUUUGCUGCUCACUGUAUCGGGUACCCGGUGGUGACGUUGGGUUUUGGCUUCAAAAGUUAUGUAAGCUACAAAAUGAGGCUAAGGAAGCAAAAAGAAGUGCAAAAGGAGAACGAAUUUUACAUGCAGCUUCUUCAACAAGCCCUCCCUCCAGAGCAGCAGAUGCUACAGAAGCAAGAAAAAGAGGCGGAGGAAGCAGCCAAAGGAUUACCUGACAUGGAUUCCUCGCUCCUUAUACACCACAAUGGAGGUAUCCCAGCCAACAAAAAACCCUCCGCCACUUUGCCAGAGAUAGAGUACAGAGAAAAGGGGAAAGAAAAGGACAAGGACGCCAAAAAACACAACCUUGGAAUAAAUAACAACAAUAUCCUACAACCUGUAGACUCUAAAAUACAAGAGAUUGAGUAUAUGGAGAACCAUAUCAAUAGUAAAAGAUUAAAUAAUGAUCUUGUGGGAAGUACAGAAAAUCUCUUAAAAGAGGACUCAUGCACUGCUUCCUCAAAAAAUUACAAGAAUGCCAGUGGAGUAGUGAACUCCUCUCCGCGAAGUCACAGCGCCACCAACGGGAGCAUCCCCUCCUCCAGCAAGAACGAGAAGAAGCAGAAGUGCACGAGCAAGAGCCCCGGUGCGCACAAGGACUUAAUGGAAAACUGUAUUCCCAACAACCAGCUGAGCAAGCCAGACGCUCUGGUAAGGCUGGAACAAGACAUUAAAAAGUUAAAGGCGGACCUGCAGGCCAGCAGGCAGGUGGAACAAGAGCUCCGCAGCCAGAUCGGCUCCCUGUCGAGCACCGAGCGAGGCAUCCGCACAGAAAUGGGCCAGCUCCGGCAGGAGAACGAGCUGCUGCAGAACAAGUUACAUAAUGCGGUGCAAAUGAAGCAAAAAGACAAGCAGAGUAUCAGCCAGUUGGAGAAGAAGCUAAAAGCCGAGCAGGAAGCCCGAAGCUUUGUAGAAAAGCAGCUCAUGGAGGAGAAGAAGAGGAAGAAGUUGGAAGAGGCCACGGCUGCCCGGGCCGCUGCCUUUGCUGCUGCGUCAAGUGUUGUUAUGAACCGGAAUCGACUCGAAGGCGGUGCGUCCUUUCCUGACUCUUGUUUGCAUCAUCGACACAGAAGCUGUCUUCCAGUGAGGGGAGAGUGCACGGAAACCUUGCGGAACCGGAUCCGAGAACUCGAGGCCGAGGGCAAGAAGCUGACAAUGGACAUGAAGGUGAAGGAAGACCAGAUCCGAGAGCUAGAACUGAAAGUUCAGGAGCUUCGGAAGUACAAGGAAAAUGAGAAGGACACGGAGGUGCUGAUGUCUGCCCUCUCCGCCAUGCAAGAUAAAACCCAGCACCUGGAGAACAGCCUGAGCGCAGAGACCAGGAUCAAGCUGGACCUGUUCUCUGCCCUCGGGGACGCCAAGCGGCAGCUCGAGAUCGCCCAAGGACAGAUCCUGCAGAAAGACCAGGAGAUCAAGGACCUCAAACAGAAGAUCGCCGAGGUCAUGGCUGUCAUGCCCAGCAUCACGUACAGUGCCGCCGCCAGCCCCCUGAGCCCCGUUUCCCCCCAUUACUCUUCCAAGUUUGUGGAGACCAGCCCCUCCGGACUUGACCCCAAUGCCUCUGUUUACCAGCCCCUGAAGAAAUGAGGCAGCUCGGGCACUCCCCAGCCACCGGGACCAGGAGGCAUUGCAAGAGCAUCUCUGGCAGUCAAGAUUAAAAAAACAAACAAAAAAAGAAAAAAAAGUUUAUAUUGUAUUUUGUGGGACAGUAUACGUUGCCAUUUUUAAAACAGGGGGUAGACCAUCCAAAUCUGAUAGAGCUGCCCGUCGGUUUUUCUCGGGUCACUUUCUAGACGCCCUCACAGGGCUUGGCAGUUUGUUUCUCUGGGCCAUUCAAGCCGUCCCUGGAUUUCAAGUCUCCAGUUUUGCCUUGGAUGUGUUCUCACGUGGUGUCCUCUCGAGGGGAAAAGCGAACCCUAAACAAACCGGGUUUCCACUCCUCAGCCCUGUAUUCUUGCUCUGCCGUAAACCCGCAAAGCCAGGCCAGCACAUCCGAUCAUGGUGAGAGCGAGAGGGUUAAUUAAAUAAUUGACCCACUUUAGUUUGAUAGCUGCAUACAGGGAGCUGAUUAUUGAUAGUCCAGAAAAUAAAAACCGACUGCCCCUCCCAGGCCCCCCUAAAUUCCAGGCACGUGGUGUCAGCCGAGAGGAGAGAGAGAGGAGACUAGCUUGAUUACAGAGCCGGGGCUGUGUCGGAAGUACUUAGGUUCCUACCAGUUGGUUGGGCCUAGAAACCGGCGAGCAGCCGUCUGGUGCACAGUGCCUUGGGAAAAGACAUUUCGAGAGGAAACUUGUAUCCCUUUAAGCUGUCCCUCCACCCCCGCCCCCGGGCCCCGCUGUACCAUCAUCUGUCGUCUAUCUGUUCCAAGCUCGCUGCGGAUCCUGCUGUAAACCUGGUGGCAGCGGGGCUGUCCCCACCACGGCCCCAGCUUCUCAGCUGCUUCUAAUAGUUUGCUGCACCGGGUUCGGUAAUCACCCGGAGCAAAGCACCUUGGGAAGGGGAGCCGGGCAGCGUUGUGUGUGGGACUGUGAUGACGGCCAAGAAUGCUGCGAUUCGAGUGGUUUUUAAUUUUUAUUUAUUUUAUUUAACUGUUCCCCACUUCUCAUCAUCUUAUGUUUGAUGACUGGAAAAGCAGCUGUGCCAAGGUGGGUUUUCUUUCCUCGUUAUUUAAAAAGUUUUUUGCGCAAAGCUGCACAGAUUUGUUGUCGAUGUCUAUUGCACUGGCCACUUUGGAAGGCGGCACGUGAGGGCCCGGGUGGGGAGGGAAGGGCACGUCAGGGUUCUAGUGGAAGCUCGCAGUCGACUGGCUUGUUUCCUUGCCCUGAGUGCUGGAAGGACAGAGUCCUGGGAUUUCCUGCUCGGGGCGUGUCGGCACCUGGAAAGCAAAGGCAAGCCAGUCAAGCGGAAGUGUGAGGCGCCGUCCUCGUCCUGGUCCCAGAGCUCUGUGUGGGGAUUAAACACGAGAGCCCUGCGCUAACCAGGUAUGCACGUUGCAUUUUUGAAUCAGCUUGUGAAACUGUCGCCAUAAAAGUGUUACUCAGAAUUGUUACAGGCACUUUCUUUCUUUUUUUUUCAUCUUUGUGCAAAAACAUGAAAAAUUGUCACCUGACUUGUGUUUGAGAGUCCCCCCAUUUUGCAGCCUUUGGGGACUCUGUUUACAUAAAAUACUUGGUCUUGACUGCAUUCCCCCCCCUUUCCUCCUGUGGGGUUCAGAAGAAUAAACAUUUUCUU